AUGCCAAGGGAAGAUGCUCACCUCAUAUAUGGUUACCCCAGGAAGGGGCACGGCCAUGCCUCCAUCACAGCUGAAGAGGCCGCAGGGAUUUGCAUCCUGACGGUGAUCCUGGGAAUCUUACUGCUUGUUGGCUGCUGGUAUUGUCGAAGACGAAGUGGAUACAGAAACUUGAAGGACAAAAGCCUUCAAGCUGGUACUCAGAGUGCCCUGACAGGAAGAUGCUUAUGCAAGCAACUUGCUCAUCAGGAUAGCAAACUGCCUUUUCAAGUGCACAACUUGUGGACUUCUGGUAGGCUGAGAUCCUGCAUCUUGGUGUUUGAUAAAAGUAUUCUCAUUAAAAACAAACAAACAAGGGUCCCCAGCGCCCCACCUGCCUAUGAGAAGCUCUCUGUACAACAGUCCCUACCACCUUACUUACCCUGA